UGCAUCUCUUUCUCCUCUCCACCCUCUGUCCCUCGGCGGCUGCGCAUCUUUUUCUCCUCUCCAAUCGUUGCGACAGCGGAUAUCUUUCACCUCUUUGAUCUCUCACCCAGGUGCUACGGGACUUAGAAACAAGCCAUUUCCUUACUUGGACUAAUUGGGUCGCCUUUUGGAAAAGAUAGAGCAACUGGAGUUGCUGCAGAAGGACCAGCUGAAGCCGUAGAAAAUAUGCAAGCAGAGGAGGCUACAACUGUUUAUGCAGAAUUCAAUGGGUUGGACUUUGGUGAGGAUGAGUAUGAGUUUGCUAACACUGAAUUUCAUCUUGAUCACAUCCAAGAAACAAUGUCAGCCACUCAAAAUGUUGCAACCAAUCAAAGGGUUUCAAGUGAGUCAUUCACUGGCACUACUAGAAGGAAUCAAGACACUAAUACUGAAUCAUCUACUCAUAGGAAAAAAGCUAAGACCAAGAAAGGUAGUGUUGCCUCUACUAGUGGUAAUUUCGAUGAUGUCUUUAUCAGUAACAUGCAACAAAUGAGUAAGAUGUGUGAGAGUACAUCAACUGAAUUUGGUAGAAUGGUUACUUGCUUGGAGGCCUUGGCUAGUGAUGUUGUGCGGAAAGCUAAAGAUGCUGAGAAGUUAACUGAUAUGAAAGCUCAGUUGCAUGCAACCAUAUCUGCCAUUGAUGGAUUGACUGCUGAAGAGGUUAUUAAAGCUGGAUCCAUUAUCUCCCUUGAUAGUGGAAAAAUUGAUUACUUAUUUAGCAUUCCGGAUGAGUUCAAAGCUAUUUAUAUCCGUUGUCUUCUUGCAGGAACACUUUAGAUUUGUUGUGUUUUGACUUGUUAUAGACAAGUAUGUGAACUGUUGUGCUUUUAAGUGGCUAGCACAUUAUCGGACCAUUGGCUUUUAUUUUGGAUAUUGCUAUUAUGAUAAAAUGUAAGUUAUUUU